AAGGACACAUGAUUUGAUGUCCCAUUGGAGUGAAACUCCCAUUGCAUUCCAAAGAGAUUAAUGGCAUCACAAAAUAAACAAAGCACCAUCACAAACGGAGUGGUGAUCACAGUCUACGUAGAAUCAUCAAGAACUCGUUCAAUUAAACCAUUAGAGGAUUCCACAAAGAAAACUAAGCCACACCCACGUUUCAGAAGGCCACAAACUACUACAGGAACACAAGGUUAUGAUCGUAGGGCACAGCUUCUUGCUUACUCUAGACAACUCAGAGAAAAUGCAAUAAGGUCCCAAAAAAAUUAUCAAGUUCAAUUGCCCCGUAAUCACUCACGACCUAGAAGCAAGAACCGGUUAUUGUUGGCUGAACCGAUUCGAAUGUGUUCGCCUUCAACCCAAAUGGCACCAACCUCAAAUGAAUGUGUGGAACACAAAGGGGGCGAAGAGAUAAAGGGGUCCAAGAAGAAUAAGGGGAGUGCAAAUAAACGUUACCCGGUUUUGAGGAAACUGAAGAAUAUGUUGAAAACAUUGUCAUGCAAAGAAAUCGAGUUGUAAAGAAGAUUAAAAUCAGGGGGCAGUCGAUAGUUUCAACUCAUUGAAUAUUGAUGCCCCUCUUUUUCAUCGUCUUGAAACUCGUCAUUUCGUUUUCAUGUUUGAUUAUGGUCUCUUUGCUCCUAGUGCCAGUCCUUUUACUUGAAAUUUUAAGCAUAAUACUGUUGAGCACAGAUAUUAAAGGGGGAAAAAAGUGUAGAAGGAAAGAUUGUAUUUUCGGUUCUGCCAUGGAUAUUCCUAACUUAUUGGGGCCAUACAAGGGGAUGAAAGGGAAGGUUAUACGCGUUAAUGGAUUAGUUAGAAGAGUGGUUACUAAAUCCAUUAUUUUUUCAAACAGUUGGACAAAUCGAUUCUAUUGUCAUUAAUCUCAUGGUAGUUCUUAAUCCAAGAUUUGGAAGGUUGCAAAAAUGGGAGAAAAAACGCCCAUCCAUGUAUUUUUCUUUCAGUAAUGUAGUAGAAGGGAGAGGUACCCAAUACUAGCCAACAGUGUCAAUAACAUGAUGGAACUACAAGGUGAAACUCAUUAAGAGAAUUAUGGCACAAGUUUAAACC